AACUUCCUCCUGCGCGUCCAGUGCGCCGCGCUCUGCUGCCCCGUCCACAUCUCCAACCCUAACCCGGAGGAAACAGGAGCGACUGUGAGGAGGAUGGGAGCUUCUUAAAAUAAAAGAAAUGAGGAAUAUUCCCGCCGCAGCUAUCUGACCCUAGAAGACCGCACACCCGUACAGAAAUAAGAGUCGAAGUGAUUGGUCGAAGAGCGGCACCAUGGGCUGUGUGGGCUCAACGAAAGAGCAGGAGCCUCACAGCAAAGAGACGAGUAACGAUGAGCUGCAGAACCGCGUACUGACGGCCCACUAUGUCAAAGACCCCACCGCAGCAAACUCAAGCAAAGCUAGCAAAAUACCAGCCAAUUCAUCUGCAGGGGAAUGUGUUGCCAUGGCACUGUUUGACUAUGAGGCCAUUCACGAUGGAGACCUCGGCUUCAAGAAGGGAGACAAGCUCAGGAUCUUGGAGGAGAUGGGGGAGUGGUGGAGAGCUAUGUUAAUAAGUUCAGGUCAGCAUCCCCAUGUAUUUAAAUGCCUUUGGUCUUGGGAAGAUGCAGAAUUAAAUCAGUGGUUCUUUAAGGGCGUGAGCAGGAAAGAUGCUGAGAGGCAGCUGCUGGCUCAAGGGAACAAAGUAGGAUCCUACAUGAUCCGAGACAGUGAGACGUCCAAGGGCAGCUACUCUCUGUCUGUCAGGGACAACGAUGUCCAACAUUCAGUCAAACAUUAUAAGAUCCGAACACUGGACAACGGAGGAUUCUACAUCUCUCCUCGCAUCACCUUCACCACGCUGCAGGAGCUGGUCAACCAUUACAAGAAGCAGGGAGAUGGCCUCUGCCAAACCCUGACCAACCCGUGCCUGAGCCCCAAACCUGAGAAGCCAUGGGAGAAAGACGCCUGGGAAAUCCCAAGAUCAUCUCUCAAACUGGAAAGGAAGCUUGGUGCCGGCCAGUUUGGAGAGGUCUGGAUGGCUACAUACAAUAAGCAUACCAAGGUAGCAGUGAAGACCAUGAAACCUGGCACCAUGUCAGUUGAAGCCUUUAUGGGGGAGGCCAACCUGAUGAAGAGCCUUCAGCACGAUAAACUGGUCCGACUCCAUGCUGUGGUCUCCAAGGAGGAGCCUAUCUAUAUCAUAACUGAAUACAUGGAGAAAGGUAGUUUACUGGACUUCUUAAAGAGUGAUGAAGGAAACCGUGUCCAGCUCCCCAAGCUCAUUGACUUCUCUGCCCAGACUGCAGAGGGCAUGGCCUACAUUGAGCAGAGGAACUACAUCCACAGAGACCUGAGAGCUGCCAACAUCCUCGUCAACAAGGCUUUAGUUUGCAAAAUUGCUGACUUUGGCCUUGCUCGUAUUAUUGAAGACAACGAGUACACAGCCCGGGAAGGAGCCAAAUUCCCCAUCAAAUGGACAGCCCCAGAGGCCAUCAACUACGGUUCUUUCACCAUCAAAUCUGAUGUCUGGUCCUUUGGCGUCUUGCUGAUGGAGAUUAUCAGCUAUGGGCGCACUCCAUACCCAGGGAUGACCAACCCGGAGGUGAUCCGUUUCCUGGAGAAGAACAACAGAAUGCAGCGCAUGGAGAGCUGUCCCCGUGAACUCUAUGAUAUCAUGCUGGAGUGUUGGAAGAACAAGCCUGAGGAACGUCCCACCUUCGAUUACCUGCAGAGCGUGCUGGAGGAUUUCUACACAGCCACAGAGAGCCAGUACCAGCAGCAGCCAUGAGACUAAACAUCCACAGACAAGUUUUCUCUCAGUAAUCUUCCAGUCAAACUUAGCAGCAGUUUCUACAUUCAGCAGUGCAAUUCAGAGAGUCCUUUAAACUGCACUGCGGCCAUCUAUUUUUCUCCUUCUUAAUCACAUGAUAUACAAGGGACUGUACAAAGCUUAUUGGGGAGAUUUGUAACUUCUAUUUUAAUAUAUCUUGUCUUUUUUAUCUAGCUACAGGUAUCUCUAUCUUAUAAAACUAGGCCCUAACUAGCUUUUUAAAAUAUUUUAUUGGGCCCCUCUCCUGUUCAAUGAGUUAGAGCAUUAUAAAGGUAUAUAAUCACAGUGGAAAGCUCAAGACAAUAAAACAUAUAGAUACAAAAUACACAAUAAAUACUGUCUGAUUAUUAUUACUGUUAAUAUUAGAACACCACGUCUGGGGCACAUCACAAUAGAUAUUGCAAGACUAUAUUCUGUAUAGGUUUGGUCACAGGCUAAUAUGCAAUAUCAGCUGUACUGGAUAUUCAUCUUUACAAUACUGACCAUUAAUCAUUUGUCAGUCUUGUCAAUCAGUAGAUCAGUGCAUUAUGUGUACAUUCAGAUACUGAUAUACUGAUAUAUAUAGUUUCUUUGUUACAUCUGCAGUCUUUAAUAUGAAAAGUGACCCACAACAGAAAGCUUAAUAUAACUUUUUUUUCUCUACUCUAUUAAUUGUUAUUACAAAUUUCACAAAUAAUGUGGAACACUGUAUUGCAAGAUAAAGCUGCACAUGAUUAUUCACCUGACAGCACUCAUCUGAUAUCUAGAGCAGAGGUUCUCAACUGAUCCAGCCUCAGGAGUUAUUAAAUCACGACCUAAAGGUUUGAAUCACUGAAAUUUGUUUCCCAAAGAAAUAGGGCAGUGAUACAAAAUGCCCUUAUGCACAGUUAAGAACAUGAAAUAAAGGGGAAAAUGCAGAAUUAAAGGACGUAUACUAUAUAAGCGCAUGGGCCAGACUUUGACUGACGACCCAGACAAUUUAACACACUGCAGCAUCUUUACUUUUUUUAUAUAUAUAUAUAUAUAUCUCCGUCUGGAACACUGCUGCCCUUGCCGUUUGAAUACAGUAGCUCACUGCAGUAGCAAUAAAUGGAAAAACUGAACAGGUUGGCAAGAGGCGAGUUGUUCUCUUAAAGGAAGGCUAUGAUUUCUCUUCUCAUUCCGUAAAAGAACUAGAGUGCCUUUCACCUGGAAAGCCCAAGAGUACCUGGCUGCGGACAAGAUGGCAGACCUUCGUCCUCAAUGAGCACAUGCGCAGUACAUGUCCGUAAGCGCAUGCACAACAGACAUCUCCGCGCUUGACAGGACAUAAUGCCAUUUUCAUCCCCAUGAAGUGGCACAAAUACUCUUGUACAUAUUUAACCAAAGAGUAACACACAAAUUUAACAAAAUAUACAAACUUCAUUCAUUAGAAAUGUAUUUUAAAAGUCAACUGACACUCUGUUCUUUGCAUUCGGUACCCUCUCAUUAGUUUUUUUCAACGGGCCAAUAUAAAGUUAAUUCAACAAGUCUUUAAAAAGUCUCUUUAUGUACUAUUGAAAUCAAAUUUAGUUACAAACUAUUUCGUAUAAACACUGGUCAAACAAUGUGAAUAUAGGCUAUAGAUUGAUAGAUCAUUUUUCAACCUUGGAGAAUCACAAAUCUAAUGUCCACAACUUCUUAUUAAAUGCAAUUUAGAAUAUUAUUGGUGAAUAAUAAUAAUUAGCAAGGGCAAAGCAAACAACUCAAUCAGGUUAAAAAUGAUUUUAAAUGGAUAAAUAAUUUAAUGAUAUGAACCUUGGACACUAGAAUGACCUAUGAUCAUUCCCUAGCCACGGACUGUAGGUAUUUCUAGUUGGAGAAUCAUGACUCCGUACAAAGUCCUCAUAAUCCACAUCAAGAAACCAUGUCCAAUAUUCCGAAUUUGAAUCUUCAUCAGGUUGAUACAAUCCAGUAUAAGAAGUUAACCCUCUGAUCCUGAGGUGUGUUGGCGAUUGUGUUGAACUCCACAGUUUCAGCUGAAAAGUUGUUCAGUCGAAGAGGAACUCAGACAAAGAACUCACACUUCUCACAUCUUUAUUUGCAUACUUUGUGGCCAUGUCCCCGUCCAUCACUUCCCUCCCACAUACGGUUGACACACACACUCUUGCUGAAGCAGCCACACUCACAUCCUGUGUUAACUGUACCAUUACGUCACACCAGAUGUUCAGCAAAUCAACUCUUCACAAAACAGCACGUUCUUCUUACAGUGACCAGGCAGAGGGAUUUCAACUCUUCUGGACAAUGUAUAUAAGUGAAAAUAGUAAAUAUGCUUGGAUAAGCCCUGUCUCUGCACAAACAAGACCAGAAACACUGGGAUACUGAGAGUACUUGUAACAUUUCCACUAUAUCUACUACCACAAACAUCUUGUCUCUCUUGAACUGUUCAUCUAAUCUUAUUCACACUUGGUAUGUCUAUUGUAAAUUGCCAGAGGAAGGGCAGUAGUAAGUUUGAUGCGAUUUGGACGUGAUAUGUUCACUGUUGAUAUCAUUUAAUAAACAGGCGACCAGUGCUCUGUAGCAGUCAGUGUGCUCACAGUCAGUCUGUGGACAGAGCUGAACAUUUUUAGUUCUACGACCUCAGAUAAACUACAGAAUCGCGGCCAGAUCAUUUAAAAAAUGUGAUUAAUUUCAUUUCCAUAGGCAUCAAUAUUUGUAGAAUCACUUCCUGGUUGAUAAUUUGUCUUCAAAGUAAAAGCACAACUUUUCGUUUUAUUGCUGCAAUGCUUUAUACUGAGCAGAAUUACAUAGCUUUUAAUUUAAAAAGUUGUGAACUUGGGUCUGGAGAUUGUGUGGAUGUUUAAUAGACCUGUGAAAUAACUAACAUGCAAUGUAUUAAAAAAUUAAGUCAAUUAUUCAAACUUUUAUAUAAGCCGCACACGUGAGCAGUAAUAAAGCUAUUUCUGAUUCAUUUUAUGAAAAACAUUGACUAUAAAAUCUUCACUACAGAUAAACCACAACCAGAUGAACACAGACUUUUCUAACUUCCCUCUGCACCAUAGACUGUUUAUAAAAAGCUCUUAACACAAACAAUAAAAAGUGACAGUGCAUUGUAGAACUGUUUGAGGAGGACACACUGAUGGCAAUGAAUAAUUCUGAAGUAACUCCAGAGCAUUAACACAGGAAAAGAAAAGAAAACUGCAGUAGUUUUCAAAAUUCUGACGACUUCCUUGAAUUGGAAUUGAUUAACUAUUCUCCCAUUUUUCCACCCUCACUCAUUGUAUAAUUUUUGUGCAGUCCCUAACAUUGGAACACCUUCUGUGUAACAUCUUACGUCUGUGUGGAGAGGCUAUCCAGUACAUGUAUAUAUAUAUAUAUAUAUGAUAUUUUUCAACAUAGUACACAAAUCCAGUCAAAAGACUGGAUUUUGCUGUUCUGCUCCAACACACAUUUUGCAUCCACAAGGUACAACCACAACACAGAUGUCCACAGUGAAUGAUGUGCAGUAAUAUGUGCAGUGUUCAGCUCUGAUAAUGUAAGCAAAGCUGUUAAAUGAACAGUGUUUGACAAAGUGAAAGAAAAGUGGAUACUGUGACCUGUGGACUUCACAAAAUGCAAGACAAAUGGCGAGUAUGUUGAAAUCCCUCAUUUAGUUUCCAUAGAUAUGUUUCCAUUAUGCUGUAGCUUGAUUCCACAUUACUCCUUGACAGUGCCUUUUGCAGGGAUUUUUUUUAGCAGACAAAAAGUUAAUAUAUUUGAUAUGCUCCUUAUAUAGAGACGUAUAUAAGGAAAUAGAGUUAUUUAGGAACAGGGUAUGUGGAGCCAUAUUAACACUUGAUUGUUGAUUCUUUUCUCCCGUUAUAAUGUUAGUGUUAUGCAUACAUACAUGACAUCCUUUUUGUGUUUUGGAAAAAUAAUGAAUGUGGAAAUAGUAGACAAAUGUGCUGUACAUCCUUGUAUCUGGAAUGUAAUGAACUGUUCAACUGUAAAUGCUGUGUGGUUUUCUACACUGUUUGUGUUUCUCAUAUUGUUGUAAAUAGUAUUGGCUAAGAUUUGUUGCACAAUCACUCAGUGCUGGCAUGAUCACCUUUCGGACAAAUGGAGAAAAUUGAAUUAAACACAAAGCAAAUCAUGUGAUGUUAACAAUGUAAGUGUUGCUGUGACACACAAAGAGUUGAUAGGUGACAAUAUUGUUUCAAAUCCCAGCUCUGUACAUAAUGUACUAUGUAAGGUUCAGAAUAUUUGUGUGUUUUUCUCCAUCAAUAGAAAACCCUUUGUUUAGUAUGUUAGACGCUUGGUUCAGUGCGACUGUGAUGAAAAUGUUCUAAUAAAUUGUUUGAGAAAAUCGA